UCCUCGUUCAACGCUAUUUACAUCUGUUUGCAUAAAGACAACUUUACAGUGGAACUUUGAGUGCAACAGAUGUUCGAAACGCAUUCAAAUCUGUUUUUCAUUAAAAAGUUACAUUAAUAAACCUCCGAAAACCAUGUUUGUAAACUGACAGGGUUUUUUUUUUUUUUUUUGCAGUAACCAAAAAAAAGAAAGAAAAAAGCAAUUGUUUAAUGAAAAAUGUCAUUUGUAAUAUUGCUAAAAUCAUUAUUAUUAUUGAAAUAUUCUCCCCGCAAAAUACAUUAAUUGUGCACAGCUUCAGUUUAAACUUUUUAAACACAAGAUGACAAGUCGAUGUAUUUUGUUUGUUUGUAAAAAUCAUGUGGAAAAAAAGUUCUUUUAUUCAGUGUAGUAUAAUGUUUUUUUGUUUUUUUUUAAAGUUAACAUUGUCAGAAGAUAAACUACAUUUCAAUAUUUUGAAAGGCCGAACAUAUCAAAAACUGUUUACGUAAAAUUUUAUUAAUUAAUAAAUCAUUGAAAAAUAUUUUUGAGAAAUAUUUUUUGUAAAAACAAUCAGAAAAUGUAUUGAAUGAAUACAUUUUCAAUAUUAAAUUGCCUCCGUUGAAAUUCAGCCAAAUGCAGCACUGCUGCGGCUGCCAAGGGUGCACCAUAAGCGGCCGCAGCAGUGCGACGCACAACGGGCCCCCUGGAUGAUUUUCUUUCUCCUCCUCGCCCCGCGACAUCGCAGGUGACAACUGUGUACAUAUAAGAUCUCCUCCUCAUCAGUUGGUAAGACCAUUAGUAGAUAAGACACAUGGUAGGGUGAGGGCCCUAACGUCGUGGUGACAGACCUCCGGCAGCUACUCUAGCCGCUGGCGGGUUGGCAAGUGGCCGCCGGGGCGGCGGAUCCUAUCCGCUUCGUCGCUGCCUCCCUACGUGCCACGCAUGGUGUCACACCACAGAGAAUAAACUGUAGCCCAAAUCCUGUAAUUUAUCGGAUAUAAUGCGCAUUUUUUUCCCCCACAAAAUGUUUUCAAAAGUCAAUAGUACUCAUUAUACAUGGGUAUAGGGGCAAAUGGAAAAAAACGUUCACAUUUUAUCAAUGUAUGUCGCCAUCUAGUGGUGAUGAGAAAGGUGUAGCCUCCACUUUCAUUCCAAUAUGACAGAGGUACGUACGACUGCAUAUAUGUAGUUGUGCUCAUAAGUUUACAUACCCUGGCAGAAUUUGUGAAAUAUUGUUUUUUUUUUUUUUUUAAAUAUGACUGACUGAACAACAACCAUCAUUAAUUUCUUCAUGGUUAUGUUUUGUUUAAGGAUAAUGCUUUCCUGAAAUGCUUGAGUGUUUAAAUUGAAUCACAUUAAAAUAAAAUGAAAUGUGUUUCGCCUGGUCCUUCAUAUUUUCUUUCAAGAAUUAUACUAUAUAUAUUAUAUAUUCUUACAAAUUCUGCCUGGGUAAUCAAACAUAUGAGCACAACGGUGUGUUUUCUAAUUUACUAAAUAAAGGUAGGGCUGUGAAUUUCAAAAUAAGAGCAAGUAAAUAGAAAAAAAGGAUUAAGUGUUCAAACCAAGUGCUUAACUUCAGAAUAAUUUCUUGAAGAAAAAAAAAACAACUAACACAAUACAGAUAACACUUUAUGUUUUGAUCAUAUGGGUAGAAGCAAACUCAUGCAUUAUACAUAGUUAGAAAGAUUUUCCAGAAUUUUGAGGUCAUCUUUGGGGGUGCGUAUUAUACAUGGGUGUGCAUUAAACACGAGAAAUUGCGGUAACACAAAACACAUUGCACUUCAGGAAAGAUGAGUUGGAGGCAUAGGUUGAUGCCCAACUGGACGCUAUACUGGUAAUAAUGGGUCAAUUUCUUAUGAAUAAGGAAAUGGCAAUUACAUCAAAUGGCCACUGCGUGGAAUAAGGCCGCUUGGUGUUUAUAUAGUGGGGGAGGGGACUCAUGCGAGAAGGUAUACGCCCCAGCCUGCUUUUUAGCCCCGCCCCAAAAAUCCAGACAGCUGAAAUGGUGAAAAAGAAUUUUAAACUGCAGUAUAUCUCAAUAGUUCAGUGCUAUACGCGUUUUCAGCGUUUACCUUCAAACAUAUUUAAUGUAUUGAGAAACCCCCACAAAAAUAGCUCACCUUGGACUUGAAUGUUCAGUUUUUUUUUCUCCUCUAAAUAUUCACCCAUUUUGAAUUUGAUGCCUGCAACAUGCUCCAAACAAGCUGGGACAGAGUCAUGUUUCCCAGUGUGUUACAGCACCUUUCCUUGUAACAACAUUCAGUAAGCAUUUGGGAACUUAUUGAAGCUGUGCAGAUGGAAUUAUUUCUCAUUCUGGCUUGAUGUUCAAUUUCAGUUGCUCUUUAGUCUCUGUUGUCGUAUUUUGCGCUUCAUGAUGGGCCACGCGUUUUCAACGAGGACUGGACUGCUGGCACGCCGGUCUCGCACUCUUUUACUACAAAGCCACACUAUUGGAACACAUGCAGAAUGUGGCUUGGCAUUGUCUUGCUGAAAUCAAAUAGGGACGUCGCUGAAAAAGAUGUUGCCUGGAUGGCAGCCUGUUGCUCCAAAACCUGUAUGUACAUUUCAGCAUUAUUGCUGCCCUCCCAGAUGUGCAAGUUGGCUACGCCAUGGGCGCUAACACACCCCCAUACCACCAUCACAGAUGCUGUCUCUUGAACUUUGUGCUUAUAACAAUCUGGAUGGUCCUUUCUCCUCUUUGGCCCGGAAGACUGGACUUCCAUAAUUUCCCAAAACAAUCUGAAAUGUGGUCUUGUCAGACCACAGCGCACUUUUUCAACCACACACACACACACCACACAAAACAUUGGACCAACACCUGCCACGACCCGACCACAUCCGAUCACGUCCUUGGUCCAGGCGCCCUUCCAUCGGAUGAUGCUGAGUCAUCUUUUUGAAGGCGACACAUCUAAAAUCGUCCAUAAUACUAAUGCAAGCUGAGCAAAUAAAUGAUAACUUCUAUAAUAUAUUUCACAAUUUUAUCAUAUCAUUUCAUCAUAUAUCACUGUAAGAUACAAUAAGAUUGUUGUCGUUAUCACAAUGCGUCCGAUCCUUAUGCCUUUUAUUAAUCAUUUGUUCUUUGUUUUCAUUCUAAAUGACUGAUUGUUGUUCUUAUUGAAUCAUUUCGAUUAGCAGCUUUCAUUACGUACAUUUUUAAGAAUUUUUUUUUUUUACCUUUUAUUGUACUUUUUCCUCAAAGCUGUCAACUCUGCAAAACAACCAAGACAAAUGUUUUAUUCUCCACUGGCCGUCCUUUCUUAUUAUUGUCACAAUUAAGUUGUUUUUGUAUUGGAAAAAAACCAAAAUCCCAUACAACUCUUAUAUGUUGUAUUUGGAUUUAAAACAAAAUAUUUAUAGUAUCUGUGCUAACUGUACAGAAUGCGCCACACCCGAAAAGGGUUCAUCCGUCAAUCGUGACAUCAAAUGAUGAUGUAGUACAAACAGGUUCUCAGAGUGUUACAUAAGUCCAUUAAUUAAUGUAGCGUAAUUGGCAAAUGAAUCCACGAGUUCCCUCAAAGAUUUGCAGCUGUUUGAGUUGUAUUUUACACAACUUGCCACUGUAAGACGCAACAGCAAAAAUGCUGACUUGAUAGCUAGCAACAUCAAUUCUGUGACCUGCGUUAGCACGUGACCAACUGAAGACUUUGAUUCCCAAUGUUCCUAUUGUGACGGGCUUUGUGCGUAAGGUACAUACUGACUAUACAUCGCUCGAUCGUUACGUCGUUUCGCAACUUCACCUGCCAAAAACCUGUCAUGAACUCGUUUUCUCCUCCCCCCCGAUCCCAGAUGUUCUUGAAGUGUGUCAAGUUGAGUUCAUCCGCCUGUCGUGUCGAAAAGAGGUCAAGUCCCCGCGAUUGUUAAGACGCUUCGAGACCGCGUUGGGAAGAUUUUAUGACCACCACAAACAUUGCAUUGUAACCGGAUGAGGUCGUAUUUCAUUGUAGCAGGAGUCAAUCGUGUCGUAUUAAUAAUGGAGAAUAUUGUAUCAUAAUUCGAGUGAAUCAAUGUAUAUUGCUUCGUAAUUGGAGUGAUUCAAAAACAUAUUGCGCCAUAAUCGUUGUGACUCAAAUCGAUCAAUAAUUGAAGUGAAGCAUAUUGCAAAUGAAUUCAAUCAUAUCGCAUUUGUCAUGACAGGUGUUUUUGUUGACUUUAUUGCAAUUCGAUUUACUUUGGUUUCAUGUGAAGACAUGUUUUUUCUGUGUCCCUUGUUCAUGUCUCGUCUACUCGUUAGGUUUUCGUCUCCACUUCUUCGCUUCAGCCCUGUUCCUUUUGUCAACCAAUCAACCGCUCGUGUCUUGUCCAGGUGUGCCUCGUUGUCGCAUCAAUUUGUUUGUAUUUAGUUCCCUGGUUUCUUUGAAUCUGUGUGGGUUCAUUGUUGUUGACAUCAUGCGUCCUGUUUCCUGUCGAGGUGAAUCUGUUCCUUAUGUUUGUAUUUUGAGUUUUCCAUGUGCCUUGUUUGCCUUUUUUUAUUUUUUGAGUAUAUCCCGCACACCCGCCUACCUGACAACAACACAUUGCAUUGUUAUUGGAAGAGUCAGUCGUAUCAUCAUUGGACCAUCACUGCCAACUUGCACGUCGCAACCUCGCAGUCCAGCUCGCGUCUUUGUUCAAGAUACGCUGAUGGACCCUCCGACGUACGACGAGGCCACAUCGCCGUCUUCUGCUGUUGCUGUGGAAGGGUGUGACGUUUGCCCUCCGCCUUCUUAUUACGCUUCCAUUUCCCACUCUGUAAACCCGCCUCCCUACCAAGAGACCAAUCCGUUUCCUGUCUUGAUGCCAACUAUCUUCAGUCCCCCGCAGACUUCUCCAGUCAGCAUUCAUCUAACCCCGUUGGAAGCCGUGGUGUCCCAGCCGGCAUCAGAACAAACUUUGGCGAUGGCCAACCUGCUCGGUUCUCCGGGCAACGUUCAGUGUCCACACUGCCGCCGCGACGUCGUCACAAACAUCAAACAAAUGCCCGGAAAGGGUGCCUUCACCUUGUGCUGCAUCCUGGCUUUUUCUGGAUUGGUUUGUGGCUUCUGCCUGGUUCCUUUCAUGAUUCCAGACCUGUGGGAUGUUCAUCACUACUGUCCUCACUGUGGAAAACAUUUACACGUCCACCAUAAAUCUUGACAUGGGUCCACUGUGGUCUAUUUGGACACUUUUAUGGACCUUUAUGAACUUAUUGUUGCCUUAAAAAAGGAUAACCAGGCCGCAUUAAAUGUGGACAUAGCUGUUUUUUGUUUUUUUUUAUAAUUUAUCAAGCCCAUCUGUUAUUAAAAAGAUGCAAACAACAGUAUACUAAGUGAAAGAGCACAAUGAUUGAACAUGUACAGUAUGUUAAACAUGUACGUUAGGUUCGUUGAAGACUUUAAAUAAUCUAUGACAGUGAUUGUCAAACUGGUACGUGAUAAAAAAAAAAAGUACAGUUCAGUUGUAUUUAACAUUUAAGUGAAAUACAUUUGCAGUGAAUCUUCAAGAACUGUUUGUUUAGGUACAAUUUUUAUUUCACUUUGUUGUGUGGAAUACAUUUUAAUUGAAUCAUUCUGUGUAAUUUUUAUAGCUGAAGUACAUUGCUGUAAAAGAAAAGUAUGGCUCCCUUCUCAAAUACUUAGAUUUAUUUAUUUAUCAAAUACUUUAAUGCUAAAGAUUGUCAAACAAAUAUAACCCAAGUGAACUUAAAAUGCUGUUUUUAAAUGAUGAUUUCAUUUAUUAAGGAAAAGAAAAAUGUGUAAAAAAGUAAUGUUUCCCUAAACCUAACAACCGGUUGGCCCAUCCUCAUCUCUGUGGAGAUAUUUUGUCCCACUCUUGCAGAAUUCUUUGAAUUUGAAUUCAGCAAAAGUGGAGGGUUUUCGAGCAUGAACGGCAUUUUUAAGGUCACGCCACUGCAUUUGUAUGGAAUUCAAGUCCGGACUUUGAAUAGGCCACUCCAAAUCCUUCAUUUUGUUUUUUGAAGCCAUUCAGAAGUUGACUUGGUGUGUUUUGGAUUGUUAUCCUGCUGUAGAACCCAAGCGCGCUUCAGCUUGAAGUCACAAACUGAUGGGCGAACAGUCUCCUUCAGGAUUUUCUGUUAAAAGAGGAGAAAUCCUGGUUCCAUCAAUCACAGCAAGUUGUCCAAGUCCUGAAGGAGCAAAGCAGCCCAAGACCAUCAAACUUCAACCACCAUGUUUGACUGUUGGUCAAAAACUCUUCUUUUCUGCAAUGCUGUGCUACAUUUACGCCAGAUGUAACGAGACACCCAACUUCCAAAAAGCUCAACUUGAAUCUUGUCAGUCCAUAUAAUAUUCUCUCAAAAGUCUUGGGAAUCAUUCAGAUGUUUUUCUUUUGCAAAAGUAAGAUGAGCUUAUCGGUUCAUUAUGUCAUUUUUGCCCAGUCUCUUCCUUAUUGUUGCAGUUCUUUCGAAGUUGUCCUGAGUUGGCUGGCUCCUGCGUUGGGCCCUGUUGGUGGUUGGGGCCCGCGUGCUCUCCUGAGGUGGUGGCAGCAGUGGUACGUGGGGGCUGGGGGUGAUCUGGCGUGUCGGCUGGUGGUCCGGUCUCAUCUUGUCCUAUUGGUUAGUUAUUUCAUGUCUUCACUGGGUGCCCCCCCCCCCCCGCCCCCGCCCCCCCAUUCCCAAAUAAGAACACUAUAUGUCUUUGUAGUCAAAUAUCUAGACUGUCUAACGAUUAUUCUCCUUGUCUGUUCUGUCCCACGGUCUAUCCUCUAAAAUCCUUUUCUGUCUGGCUGCAUUUUCAAUAACAAGCUGAAUGAUUGAAAAAAUUCAAAAGUAAGCAGAGGAAGUAUUUCAAACUCCGCUGUUGCACAGCAAAACAGUUCUGGCACAAAAAGGCACACGUAUCCACCAUUCUGCAUGGCCAUUAACAGGACAGGUUAAAAAAAGAAAAGAAGUUGUCCUGAGUUCCUUUGUGGCCUCCUGGAUGAGUCAUUGCUGUUCUCUUGGGGUAAUCUUUGGACGUCAGCCACUCCACUGUUCCAUACUUUCUCCAUGUGAGGUUUAUGGCUCUCCCUAUGGUUUCGCUGGAAUCCUCAAGCUUUAGAAAUGGCUUUUGUAAACCUUUUCCACACUGAUAGGCGUCAAUUACUUUAUUUCUCGACUGUUCUGGAAUUUUGGGGGGAUUGUCAUUUUAUUGCAGUUUUUCUAGAUUUUUGUCCGACUUGAUUUUGUUGGGACAAAUUCUGUUUAAGUGAUUUCUCGAUUGAACAUGUCUGACGGAUAUCAGGCUUGGGUGCGAUCAGUGAAUAUUAACCAAGAAUUGUGAUUAGCCACAUGAAUUCAUGAUUUAACAAGGGGGGUACUUACUUUUUCACACAGGGCCAGGUAACUCUGAAUAGUUUUCUUUUCUUCUUAAUACAUGAAAUCAACUUCUAAAAACAGCAUUUUAAGUUCGCUUGUUAUAUUUGUCCGAUAUUUAUAUUUGUUUGAUAACCUUAAACAUUAAAGUGAGGAAUUCAUGCAAAAAUAGGGGGUCGAUACUGUGUUUUUGGAUGGUAUUUGGUGUAAAAGGUUUGAGAACCACUGGUCUACGAUGUUUCAUAAAAAAUGCUUAGGGUAUAUUUGUCAAAGAUUAAAUCAAAAGUCUCAAUUUUAUUUAGCCUUAUCAAGAUAAGGCUUAAAAAAAAAAAAUAAAAAAUCACCAAACCCACCCCAAAAAUGGUUUUGAUGUCUCUGAUGUUUGUUUGUUGAAGAAUAAAUCGUCUUUGCUGAUGCCAAAAAUA